CACGCACACACACGCACACACUUAAAAUGAAUUUAUAAUGAAAGUAUAUAUUGUCCUGUGCUCCCUGCUCCACAUUAGAGAUUAUAUCGUGAUCAUAAUGGUUGUGGUUUGGGAAUAUAUCCGUGGUUUUGCAUUCUACUAACUUCCACAUGAAGCUUCAGCAGAGCAGGUGUAAUGAGGCAGACUGGACAGGUGUGUGUUUGCUGUUUUCUGCUGAUUCUCCGUCUGUUUGCAGGGGUUCGUGCUGAAACUCAAGUGUGCCAAGAAGCAUGAACCUGCACCAGGUGCUCACAGGAGCUGUCAACCCCGGAGAAAACUGCUUCUCUGUGGGCAGCGUCAACAACCAGCCCUUCACGGCCUACGCCUCUGGCUGUGACAUCGUCAUUCUGGGGAGUGACUUUGAAAGGAUCCAGAUCAUCCCAGGAGCCAAACACGGGAACAUCCAGGUGGGCUGUGUGGACUGUUCACUGCAGGGCGGACAGAUCGCAGCGUCGUACGGAAACAUUAUUUGUGUGUUUGAGCCGGUGGAGGUCAGUCCACAAGGGAAAGCACAAAACCAGAAGCUGAAUUAUCAUUGGCAGAAGAGCGGGCAGUUUGUUCUGCAGUCGGUCGCACAGAUCCUGACG